GCGAAACCAAACGCCCCACUGGCCAUGGCCCCGGCCAUGGCGCGUUGGGCGCUUUUCUGUGGCCUUUGGGCGGUUCGGGCGCGGCCCGUGGCGGAACGCCUCAGCGGGUGCGGCGACGGAGCCCUGGGACCAGACCUGGCCUCCUACUGGCUGGUGUCCACCUGGCACGGCCCUGCGCCCGACCGGGUCGGGUCGGGGUCGGCCGCUGGUGGUCAUGCAAACCGAACGGACCUCAGCGAGCUCCGCGAGUUCAAUGUCAGGCCGCUGCUGCUCCACCACUGCGUGGUGCAUGGCAAUGUGGCGGACUUCCUGGACGAGGCCUGGAUGACGGGUCUGCGUGUGGUAGUGGAGCUGCAGCCGUUGCUCUUCGUGGAGCCUUCGGUCGGGUGCUUCAUGACCAACUUCGACUGCUACCAGCGCAUCAAGGUGGCAUACCGUCAGCUGCUGAGCCAAUCAGGCAUUUGGUCAGAUGGCGAGUACCACCCAGCGGUCCAAGCGCUUUUGCUGGCGCGGGACCCCGUGGCCUUGGCCUCCGCCGUGCUGGGCGAAGGCGACGUGCGCAGCGCCCAGGCGGCGCUGCUGGGGGUGGUCUCCGCCUGGGACGGCGUGCUAGGGGCCGAGAUGGACCUUGGCGUGGCCAGGCCUGUGCCGCUGGACAUCACCGUCUUGUUGCCCAUGGCACUGCCGGCGGCCGCCCAGACGUCCACAGAUGCCUGUUUCAGGAAGAAGGCCUCGCAGGGGGGCUGUGCUGGCCCCCACUCCCUGCGGGCCAUGUACAUGACAGCCUGGCAAGUGCCGGGCUACCAGCGGACGCUGGACCUACCAGACCUCACGCGGCGCGGCUUCUGGCCGCCGCCGGACCCCCCGAUUGAGGAGGCCGUCUACGUGCCCCACAACGAUGUCUUCAGUUCCUUUCUGAGCCGAUGGGUUCAAAUGUUCCCUGGCUCACCCAGCUUGGCGGAGAUUGUGAACUACCUCAGGCAAUUCCAAGAAUUCCUGCCCAACGAGUACGCAAGUAGUGGUGGCAAGUACAGCUCCCUUGUGGAGCUGAACAACACGCCGGUCUAAGCGUCCUGCCCAGCGGCGAGGAAAAGAGAAACCGUUGCGGCCCGAUGCCGUCAGGUUAACCCGAUCGUUUGACU